AUGCGAAAAGUUGUAUUACCUUUGUUGAUGCUGGCGAUCCUUGCUGCAACGGCGGAUGCUAAGCCUCGUCCCAAGGUAAGUCAUGAGUUUAGCCAGUCCAAUUGCUGACGCGAAACGAUGUAAAAAAGAUCCCAUCAGCAAGUAAUAAAAUUCUCCGUUUCCGGGCUUUUUAACAAUAAAUAUACAUGCAAAAAUAAUAAUGAAUUUUUUUUCAGCCUACUAUACUUAGGUGUUUUACAAUAGGGUCCUGAAAAAACGAAAUAAAUAAAUGAAUAUAAAUGUAAGCAAAACAGCAACAAGAAAAACUAGUUAAAUAAGUAUAAAAAUUACUACUAAAAACUAAAUAUCCUCCCUCAAUCCUAAACAUACAAAUCUGAGAUUAUUUUAAUAGAGUGAUGCUAAAACUACUAAAUAUAAAUAUUUAUAAAUAUAAAUUACUAUAAGCUAGCCCCCCUGCCCUUAAAAGUAAGAAUAUCCCGGCCCAGCUUCUGCGUUUAUCAUGAUUCAAAUCAUUCCAGUCAUUACUACAUGUAGCAAAAUUAAUUGAUGUCCAAUGGCUCCAUUUGCGCUUAGCAUCAGUGUAACGUAUGUUGAACUUACAUCUGGAAUUAUACUCAUGAAAAUCUUAAUGAUAUCUUAAAUAAAUCCUAAGUGAGAAAAGGUUGUUCCUACAUUUAUAAAUGAAUAUUAAACGAUGCAACUUUCUUCUUAUCUUGAGAUUUAUCCAGGAAAGCCUCCCUAAGGCAGAACUUGAAUGCAGACUAUCGAUAAGAAAGGUCUAAGAUGAUACUUCCAGAAAAAUUGGGCGGGGUGUGCCCCACGCUUCCUGAAACCCUUACCCUAUUUCAGACCAAAAUCUGUGUUUUUCCCCACUCUUUCUCAGACCUGAUUAAAAAUUCGAUACCCUAAUUCAGACGGGAUUUUUAACAAAAUGGGUGAUGUCCCUAAAAAAAAAAAAGCGUUUGAAGUUCCAGAUUGCUAUAAAAUUAAAAGUUACAAGAAAAUACUGGGUGAAAGGCAGAAUACAUGCAAGUCCCGAGAGAAAAGAAAAAAACAACUUUCUGUUCAAAGUCGGGUAAGAAGACUGAAGCAAGAAGACUGAACUUGAUUAAGUUUGUUCAUUUAAGGUGGCUCCCCAGAGUAAAUUGGCGGUGCGCAGCCUUAGCAUUAGUAUGGCGCCAGCUUUAAAAUCCGCGCGACGUCCACGCAAAAAUGAAAAAAAAAAUGGCCUCUUAGUUUCGAAAUAUUCCCACCCAAAAAAAUUAAACUUUAUUAACUUUCUGUUGAAGCUCAUUGUGCAAAAAGUUUGACUAGUGUAGGUCAAACAUUUAUGAGAGGAGACAAUGUUACACCGGUUACAAGUCACUAUCGAUCUCCAUAAGAGUAAAUUGUAUGUAAAAACAAAGCAGAAAUUUUCCAAAGACAUCAAUUCUUUCGCUUCAAAAGUAGACAAAUGUUAAAUAGUCGAAGUAAAUGGUGAGUGGAAACUUUACUAAGAAAACAAAGAAGUAAAUACACUAACCCAGAAUGAAGCAAUGUUGCUGUUUCUUGCCUUUGGUUCACGGUCAGUGGAAAGAUCUGAAAGAUCGAGCCAAUUCCCGAACAAACACUGAAGAUGGUCUUCACUGGCGGAGCUCCUCUGUCACUUUAUUUCUCUUACAUUUUAUUUGAUUUAAGUAAUUCUAUAAGUGGCUUUAAGACAAGAUUACAGGGAGUGUAAACUCACAUUGUUUAAAAUACCAAGAGAGGAUAAAGGGGACGGAGAAGGCAUCCCCCAUACACACCCUAUUCCAAAGGUAAUUCGUCUCGAGUUAUUUUUAACACCACAGAUCUCAAUGGGGAUUAGACAACAGCCAAUCACAUAACGCGAAUGUGUUCCGCGUGGAUGAUCCACGCUCAGAGCCACGCGUAUUUCACGAAUUGACGCAGAACAAAAUGGCGGAAGACGCGGAGAGCGAUAUUUCUAUUCGUUUUGUCGACGAAGAUUUCUGCUAAAGCUUUGUCAGCGAAACGGAAUUUAAAGAAGAAUCGCCCUUUCUCUCUUGUAUGGAGCUAACAGUACAGCGCUGAACAUUCUCUCACCCCUCAUUUAUUAUUUACAGUUUGAAGAGAGAAAUUUCUGGUUUGAUAUUUAUUCUUUUAUUAGUCCUUUAUUAUUCAACAAAAAUAACACUUGGCGUCCUACUUGCUUUAUUGUACAAACGACCGGUUUUAAUAGACCGGCGAAAUUUCUCAUUUUAUUAAAGCACUGAGGUUACGACGUCUUUGAGUUAAACUGAUUUCACGGGUUGUCAAAGAGUCCAUCGAUUCCCUUUUCCCAGGUGAGCGGCGACUCAUUUCGCUUCAAAAUUCAGGAAUGCUCUCGAUCUCUUUACGCUUUCAUUGCCUUUCGCCCGACACGUUUUGCACGGCAUUUAGUCAUGCGAAACCUCCCCGAAACAUCCACGCAGCGCGCGAGGUAACUUUAUCCCGAUUCUAAAAAUAACUCGCGACGAAUUACCUAUGGAAAAGGGUGUGUAUGGGGGAUGCCUUCUCUGUCCCCUUUAUCCUCUCUUGAAAAUACUUAUCAGAAAAAAGGUUUCCCACUUAACUUGCAUCCUAAUCGAAGGAAUCUUUCCAUCGACAAACCACCAUCCUUGUAUUUUUUCUUGUUUCAAACGUGCUUCAGCGCACAUGCAAGACGCACUAGAAAAUGUUUUAGCACGACGAGAAAUACUUUUUACUCGCAGAUGGCCCCUUGACAAAAGCAAUAGUUGUCCGUCGAGACCUACGGUCUUGUACGUGUAGCUUAGGACAUGAUGUACGAUUUAUAGAUCGGCGCCAUCUUUUACAGCAGACUUUUAAAGAAAAACGUCGCCGUCGAAAUUAUUCCUAAAGAAGAACAAGGUUGAAAGAAGAGGGCUGACAUUUGAAGAUCUGCAAACAGUGUACAGCAGAUUAGGAAAUGAAGGGCUUAUUGGAAUCCUUGCAAAACCACCGUCUUCAUUUCCGACGAUCGCCAUCUUCACGAGUGACCACCACGGUUCGAAUUUUAGCUACAAUAGUUAAGUACUUCUAAGAAAACAUCCUGUGUUGGGUAUAAAAUUGAAUCCGCUAUCCUUCCUUUUUCGACUGGCGAGAUAUCACCGUAAUAAUACUAAUAAACGGCUUCAAAACAAUGGCUUUCUUACUCUUCAAGGAAACCACAUGUUUUCAGUAGCUUUGUGCAUUAUGUGCACGCGGGCGUGAUGGCUUUCCUAGAGGAUAAAACAUCAGCACCUCACGUUUUCAGUAGCUGUUCGCUCACCCCUCGCGCACAUUUUGAGACAAGUUGAGUGAUGGUCAGUUGUUAUGGUUAGUUUUAUGGUUACGAGAUAUGACAUCAUAAGUAGCAGGUGGUCAAGCCAUGUUUGAGUGAAAGUACAUGUUUUUUCAACUUUUUUCAACAAUAAAAGUAAUUUAUUUAUAAUUCAUUUAUGUCUUAUUUUUCAUGUAAAGCGGAAAAAAUUACCAUUUCUCACGGUUUUAACCUGAUUUUUAGUUCUUGUUAAAAUCCAAGAUGGUGGCCAAGAUGGUGACCAUUGUUGGUGACGUCACAGGCCUCCAGCAGCGCAACCACCUAUAAAAUAUACCUCAUUUUGUUAAGAAGAUUAAAGGCUUUCCACUAAAGGUAAAAUCGUUUCGAAAUACUGCAACAUAUCAAAAACUCCGGGGAGGGUUCCAACCACCCCCCCCUUCUUGUACCACGGUGGGGGUAUGACUUUGCGUGUACGUCCGAGAGUUAAGGAUUUUCUUUUCAAAUAUUCACCGAAUAUUUGUUUGGAAUUGUUAGCGGCCAAGUGGCUGAACCAUUGCGCAUUUAUGCUAUUAUAGUUCUGCUCCGUUACAUUUGCCCAAUAAUUUUUUUCAACAAUCUAAGUUAUCUAUAAACAAACUACGUUUAGUUAAAAUGGCUAUUUAAAUACUCUAAAUCGAUGUGGCAUGGGUGAUAUAAUUAUUGACCUUCCAAUUUCUACCAAUUUUGUGUACCUUUUAAGUACGAAAAAAUACUGGGAGAGGCUAUAGCCGUUCGUAGCUCAGGCUUAACCAUUUUCUGAUAAAAGUAGGUAAAUGCAAAGAGGAAGGGUAUAGUUUUUUGCAGCUGUACGAGUCACGAUUAAGUUAUUUCAAUCAUAAGGCUAGAAUUAUUAUUGUAAACCUCUUUCAGCUUGCCAAUAAAUAAAUAUUAAAUAGACAAAUAAAUAAAAAGCUCUUUAUUAGGUUCCAAAAAACAAACGUUCUGGAUUAUAAUAGGCAAUUAAAUAAAAUUGAAGAGGCAUCUAUUAAUAAAACAGCGUUUAAAACGUUCGGUCCUAAUCUGAGAAAGUACAUAGGAAUGACCACGAUUCCUUAGCAAAGUUGUUUUACUGGGUGGGAGGAGAUCUACCAAAGGGCCUUCAAGAGACGUAGUUAUAUUCUUCCAUACCUUAUUAUCUGAGGACUUUAAAAAAAAAAAGCACUUUAUUUGAGUGUCAAUGUAUUUAGCAGGAAAGUACCAAUUGGGGACACUAUAUUUUACGUCUCCAACUGGAGACGGGACCGCCAUUUUACGUGGUCAUCCGAGCCACGCGAAGGUCUAGCCUGUUGCAGUGCAAAGGGAGUACCUUCAUUUCUCGGUUAUUUUAAGACCCUGAGUAUUGGUCCGGCCCCAGGAAUCGAACCCGCGACCUCCCGCUCUGCAGUCAACACGCUCUACUACCCGCCAACUGAGCUAACACUGCCGCGGUAAAAGGAAAAAACCAAAACGAACUGCUCUUUUCUGAACUUGUCAAUUUUGGAAAGAUACUUAUCAUAUCUGGCAACACUCCAUACUAAAAUGCGAUAAGUAAAAAUAGGUAUAAUCAAACUAUGGAAGAGGUGCCGUAGAAAGUCAAGACUAUAGCCAGGUUUCUUGCACACUCGUAAUAUGUGUAUACGCCUCCCUGCUUUACUAAGAAGGGCAUCAAUUUGCUUGUCCCGAUUUGUAGGAUUACUAUGAAGGCAAACACCUAAAAGAUUAAGAAAUUCUUCCUGAUUGAUAUCAAAAGUGACAGUAGGAAGGGGUCUCUCAACUUUGCCCUUAACAACCAUCUCCUAAGUUUUAGUAAGGUUUAUAGUCAUAAGGUUGUCCAGGGCCCAACUGAGUAUUUUGCACUUCUUGGGGAGCUUGGUCCAGGUAUAGUGCCCUAAGGCACACCUCUGUUUAUAGGCUAAAAGGGGGGUCGUGUCACCGUCAGCUAUAAUUACUCUUUGUUGUCUAUUAAAUGAAAAAUUAAUCAUCCAAUUAACAAUGUAAGGAUUGAUGGGCAAUUAUGAAGUGAUUCACUGAGUCAAAAGCCUUGGAGAAAUCAAAGGCAAAAACCCUAACGCCCUAACGCAAUCUUCUUCUUUAGUGUCAAGCCAUUUAAGCCACAUGUGUUGGCUUUUAAUGAGAGCCUCGGAAGUAUUCGUACCUUCCCUAUAUGCAAAUUAAUCUAGCAAUAGAUAGGAUCUAAUUACAGGCUUAACUUCUUAACUUAAUUUGAAAGCAAAAAGAAUUCAAACCUUAGAAAAUGCAUUCAGUAUUUAGGACACUAUUCCAAGGCUACUUGCCAAAAAUCAGCCAAAUCGAUGAGGUACCCGGUGUCAGGCCAAAGUUCGAAUUUUACAGAAAAUCACUCUUAACACUUAGAUCUACAGUUUCACAUAGGUUACUGAAUUGGUUUAAGCCUUUAAGCGUUAACAAAGUUUUUUUUCCCAAGCAGGGACGUCCAAAUCCAUGGAAGUUUAAGACGUAGAUCUUUUUUACUUUUAGAAACCUUUGGCGCAACUUUCAGGAACCUUGUCGGAGGCUCGCAUCUUCACUGCAGAUACAAGUAAGAUUUGAGCAUUAAAAUGCCUGACAACUGUUAUUAACAGCUAACCGUUUAAAGGGGCUACGUCGCGGGGAUGUAUUGCUGUAAAGUUCAGUGCGUUUACCCAUACACAAAAUGCUCCUUUAGAGUUACGAAUUUCAUCAGGGAGCACUUAUUAUGAUCGUUUUUGGGUGAUUUUUGCAUAAUAGCAUUAAAACGUUAUUUCAAGUUUCAAGCCAUGUGUAUGCGCUUGUUAUCCAUAAAAAACAGACGAUAGGAAACAGCUCCAAUGCGUAAAUAUAGUCUUAAAAGACAAAUCUGGACCAUUAGCGGUUAUGGAAUUCGAUUCAUGCGAAACCUGAUCAUUUUAGAUUUUCAACUGAGAGAUGGGAAAUAGCACAACUUAGCUCCUUUAAGCCCUGGUUAACAUGCAGUUUGAACAUAUUUUAAUCUUUUAGUUACCUUUUUUGCUAGGGCUGUCUGACCUUGAGAACGAUGAAGCAUUUAAAGGUUUCAAGUCUGAACAGGGCCUAUUGGAAGUAAAGCAACGUGGUGCCUAUUACAUCUAUGCCCAAGUGUUUUUUGAAAUCUACCAAGACGGCCCUGAAUAUCACAACCGUGUGGCAAUAACUGUAAAUGGACAACCAUUUGCCUUGAUGCAAACAGGCCUCGGAAACAAAGCUGACUAUGGCAGCGUUUACACAGGUGGAGUUAUCCGGCUGAAAAAGGGCGAUAAGAUCGGCUUGAAAACCGUUUACGAAAGCAGGUUGUGGCUGUCAGCUAAACAUACCUUCCUCGGUGCAUAUAAAAUUGGAAGGUAUUGA